AUGCCAGUUAAUCCAGCGAACCCACCACAACCUGCUCUUCGAGCAGCCGACAAAGAAACGUUUGCACAUUUCACUGCAAAACACAGAUGGCGAGAUAUUGUGAAAAAAGGUAUUGACAAUAUUCGUGAUUCACUUAAUAAUUCUGGAAUUGAUAAAAAUGAAGAAGGAAAAAAAAUUAUGGCUUCUAUGGAAGAAUUAAUAAAUCAAAUUCAAAGAAAUGAUCAAUUAACUCAAAUCGAAGACGAUGGAAGACCAGAUAUUUUAACCUGGACCGAUGCCUUAAAUACUUAUUUUAAAGGUGAAAAUUGGUUCACAGCAUCUUGGUUAUUCGCUGAAUGUUAUUUAUAUCGUCGAAUUAUUUCGAUAAUUACAAAUACAAAACAUUGGCGAAAUUAUGAUCCUUAUUUCCGUCAAAAAGAAGAAUCUUUCAAAUUAUCUUUUUCUGGUAUACUUGAAUUUUCAAAACGUAUCGAUGAAUUAAUUUCUUCUUCAAAAGUAAAAAUAGAUGAUAGUAUAAUUUUUUAUGAACUUGCUCAAAUAUCACUUUGGGGAAAUGCAACUGAUUUAUCUAUGUUGCCAAAUUUUGGUACUGAUGAAAAUAUUGAGACAAAACGAUUUGAAGAGUCGAAAAAAAAUAUUUUGGUGAAUGAUUUGGAAAAGGCAUGGAAAUGGUUAUCGAAAUAUAGUAACGCUAGAGUUGAUUUUAUUUUAGAUAAUGCUGGGUUUGAAUUAUAUAGCGAUUUAAUUUUUUCGGAUUGGUUAAUUCAAUCAGGGUACGUGUCUGAAGUUCAUUUACACAUAAAACCAAUCCCAUGGUUCGUCUCAGAUACAACAUUGGACGAUUUCAAUUGGUUAUUUAAAACACUUAAAAGUAAUGAUCUCUUUUCAUCCGCUUCUGAAACUGAAAAAUCCUCACUUGAGAAACUCGUUGAUCGUUGGCAAUCAAAGUUAGUAUACGAUUGUAAGUGGGAAACUGUUACACCUUUUAAAGAAGCUAUCGGUCCAUUAGCAAAUUCGAAAAAUGCACUACCAGUGUUAUCUUUGAGGACCGGGAAAUCUGAUGUGUUCGUAGGACUUGAUGAAGGAGUUGAAGAAAGGUUGGGUCCAGAUAAAAGCUGGAUGUAUUCCGGAAAAUAUGCGGCUAUUCAAUUUAGUGAAGGGAGUAAAUGA